AUGAGGAAGGAUGGCGGCAAGACGUUCCUUGUUGGUUCUGUUGUCGAUGUAGCGCAGGACAAGCACAAGCUGGCACUGAGCGGCAAUGUCGGUCGUCUCAUCGGCCUGGAUAGCAAGAAAAUCUUCGCCAUGAGCCUCUUUGAUUAUGAUCAUCCUCUUCCCAAUAAGAAAUGGGACACUUGCUCCGUGGUGGGGAACGGUGGGAUCCUGGUCAACAGCAAAUGUGGAAAACAAAUCGAUUCAGCUCAGUUUGUGAUCAGAUGCAACCUCGCACCUUUGGACCGUGAAUGGGAGGAACACGUUGGCAAGAAGACUAACCUUGUGACAGCAAACCCGAGCAUCCUCCAGCAGAAGUUCUCCUCUCUGAACGACCAUCAUCGUCCAUUUGUGGAGAGUCUGCGCCGCUUCAGAGACGCCAUGCUGAUCCUGCCAACUUUCUCCUUUCGCUUGAACACUUUUCUGUGUCAGCGGGCCAUCUAUGCCAUCAGAGACUUUGAUAGUCCCAUUAGACCUGUUUCUUUCAACCCCCAGUAUCUGAAGAGUCUUUCGACCUACUGGACCUCUCAGGGCCUGAAGGAAGCUCGGCUCAGCACUGGCUUCAUGAUGGUUAAUCUGGCGCUGGAACUGUGCAGCAGCGUGGAUCUGUAUGGAUUCUGGCCUUUCAGUUUCCACCCUCGGGACUUCCACCACCUGACGAACCACUACUACGAUAACAUGCCGGUUCGAAAGAGAUAUCACGCCAUGCCAGCCGAGUUCGACCGCCUGCUGAAGCUGCACAAUCAGGGCAUCCUCAGGAUUCACCUUGGAGAAUGUGAGCAGUGA